AUGGAGACUGAACAACAGGAGGAAACCUUUACCAACACAGAGACAAAUGGUAAAUUUGGCAAACGUCCUGCAGAAGAUAUGGAAGAAGAACAGGCCUUCAAAAGGUCUCGGAAUACAGAUGAAAUGGUUGAAUUGCGCAUUUUGCUUCAAAGCAAAAAUGCUGGAGCAGUGAUUGGAAAAGGUGGCAAAAAUAUUAAGGCACUUCGUACAGAUUACAAUGCAAGUGUUUCAGUCCCAGACAGCAGUGGCCCUGAGCGUAUCUUGAGUAUAAGUGCAGAUACAGAGACAAUUGGAGAAAUCUUGAAGAAGAUUAUCCCUACUUUGGAAGAGUACCAGCACUACAAAGGUAGUGACUUUGACUGUGAAUUAAGACUUCUAAUUCACCAAAGUCUAGCAGGAGGAAUUAUUGGUGUCAAGGGUGCUAAAAUCAAAGAACUCAGAGAGAAUACUCAAACCACCAUUAAGCUAUUUCAAGAAUGUUGUCCUCAUUCCACUGAUAGAGUGGUGCUUAUUGGUGGAAAACCUGAUAGAGUUGUGGAAUGUAUCAAGAUUAUCUUGGAUCUUAUCUCUGAGUCUCCAAUUAAAGGACGAGCCCAGCCUUAUGAUCCAAAUUUCUAUGAUGAAACAUAUGACUAUGGUGGCUUCACAAUGAUGUUUGAUGAUAGAAGGGGACGGCCAGUGGGCUUUCCCAUGCGUGGAAGAGGAGGCUUUGAUCGAAUGCCUCCUGGUCGUGGGGGACGACCUAUGCCUCCAUCAAGAAGAGAUUAUGAUGAUAUGAGCCCUCGCAGAGGACCUCCACCGCCUCCACCAGGCCGUGGUGGCAGAGGUGGCAGCAGAGCUCGUAAUCUUCCUCUUCCUCCUCCACCACCUCCUCGUGGCGGAGAUCUUAUGUCUUAUGACCGAAGAGGUAGACCUGGAGACCGUUACGAUGGAAUGUUUGAGGGUGGCUCUGGAUAUGACUAUUCUUACACAGGGGGCCGUGGUUCAUAUGGAGAUCUUGGUGGACCCAUCAUCACAACACAAGUAACAAUUCCCAAAGAUUUGGCAGGUUCUAUUAUUGGGAAGGGAGGCCAGAGAAUCAAACAAAUACGUCAUGAGUCAGGAGCUUCAAUCAAAAUCGAUGAACCACUAGAAGGCUCAGAAGAUCGAAUAAUAACUAUUACAGGAACGCAGGACCAGAUACAAAAUGCUCAAUAUUUACUGCAGAACAGUGUGAAGCAGUAUGCAGAUGUUGAAGGAUUCUAAUGCAAGAUUAUUUUUUCUUUUUUAUAGUGUGAAGCAGUAUUCUGGAAAGUUUUUCUAAGACUAGUGAAGAACUGAAGGA